UAGUGAAGGCGAAAAUGUCCAGGAAUUUUUUUUUAUCAAGGAAAAAAUAAAUAAAUAAUGUUAAACUAAUAAUGUAGAGUACGUCGCAUUGAUCCUGACGAUGAAUAAAGUGAAUGUUAGGUAUGAAAAUCGGAAUUGAAAAUGAAAUGAGGUGAUUGAAAAAUCUGCAGAAGCAGAUGAAAAUUUGAAGAAGAAGAAGAAGCAGUAGCAGAAGUGGAAAAGUUGGGAAAAUUCAUCGGUGGUGUCUGUGCAAGUGCAAAUACACAUAUGUAGCUCAAGUGUACGUGUGCGUGUGCGUGCGUGAAAAUUUUCAGUGCUCUUCCAAAACCGACAGUUCGCGUUAUCCAAUAUAGAGAAAAAAUUCCGAUACACGCUAGGGAUUGUUGCAAGCGUCGCGCCCAGCAGCAAUGGCGUUUUCCUAUGUACCACAUACUAUGUACUUUCAAAGCUAUUUAAACAAUUAGUUGCAAAAAAAAAUUAAAUCCUUUAAAUAAGAUGUUGAUAAAUAAAUGACUUUUAACAAUGAAUGUAUUUACAUUUACACUACAAUUGGGAAAAAUAUAGUGUGUACAAACUGAGGAAAAUUAAAUACUUGAGAUAAGUCAAUUUAUGCCCAGCCCAGAAGUGUUACGAAGAAUUAAAGGACAGCGAUGGCUAUACGAAACUUCGCAAUGAUUGCAUGAAGGACCGAGGUGUACCUAAGAAUGAAAUUGGUGAUGAGGCACAUAAAACAAGCUCGAAAGAUAUGCUGAAAUGUGAAUCAUAAAUAAGCUUCCGUACAGUGGUUUUAGAGAAAGAUAAAAUCGCAGUUGUUAAGUGUGUAAAUUAUUGUAAUUGCGUACGAACAGUGAUAGCGGCGGCCAAAACAUCACCUUAGCAGACGAUGUCCAAUGUCUUCAAUUAAUACGUGCCAAAAAAAUACAUUUUAGUGAACCAUUUCAUAACAAAAUAAAAAUAUAGAAAAAGCAGCGAAGCGCGAAUCUCUUCUAUCCAUCAUCACAAUCACAUCAUAUCAAAUAAUUACUGAGCGACAUAUUUACAACUCUACGUUAGACGAGGCCAGUCGGUCGGUCACUGGAUCCAUCGAUCGGGCGAUCGUUGGUCAGUCACUGGGUUCGUUCGUUAAGUCCUUCGUUUGGUCCGUAGCCAAAAUUCCCGCUGUAACUUGCUUUCAAUUAGUUACAUGGUUUUGGGUCUGCAGUGAAGGCGUUCGGUCGGUCCAGUCGGUUGGGUCCAGGCGGUCGGAAGUUUAUGCAGUUCUGAAUGUCUUUAUGCUUUAAUCAUGGUGAAAUUGACCACCGACACAAUACGCUACCAUAUUAGAAUCUUUCUGAUUACAAAUCAUGACAGAAGGACAUGAAAGCGACUUCUUAGUUACAGUACGCGCACAGGUUAUGACCAGAGACGAAAGCACCGAGGGUUGGUUACCACUCGCUGGGGGUGGUUUGGCAAAUGUUUCAAUACGCAAACGUGCUAGGCUAUCCCCUGGCGCUGCUGGACAUGAAUACAUCAUCUACGGCCAAAGAAUCUCUGAUCAAAGUGUAAUUUUAAGCUGUGUCAUAAAUCGUGAUCUGAAGUAUUACAAAGUGAUGCCCACAUUUCAUCACUGGCGUGCUGGUAAACAACGCAAUGGUCUCACUUUUCAAACGGCUGCCGAUGCGCGCGCCUUCGACAAAGGCGUAUUGCGCGCCUACAAUGAAUUAAUUGAUGGCCUGGCUAAAUCGAAUCCAUCAAUAAUAUGUCCACCCCUCACCAAAUACGACUCUGUGGGUGAAGACGACGUUUUUAUGACCUUAGAUCUACCCGUGGAAACUGAUUGCAUACAUAAAUCACAUUCAAGUCCCGAAGGCAGCGAAAAAAGUCAGAAAAGUAUUAGUCUCGAUCGUGGUGAGCGCAUCAGCCAGAAAAGCGAUUUGGAUAGAUCCACCACGGAUGGUAAUGUCACACAAUAUCCGAAGGCCACAAUUCACUACAUAUCGAACGAGAAAUCAUGCAGCCUGCAAGCGCCACCACCGCCACCAUUGCUGUCCACUAUCACUGCGACCUCUCCAGUUGCCGGUGGUAACGGCAAUAAUGGUGGCAAUAAUAAUAGGAGCAACCUGAUCACUACCACCGCCGUGAGCGCUGCCAUCAUAUCGCCGCCUAUCACCACCGUCUCGUCGAGUCAACUUGAAGCGCCACCGCCGUCGCUACCAACCGCCAUUGCGACCAGCGAGAAUUACUCCUACGUGCAGCUGACAGCGGUGCACGACUACAAUUAUCCGGUGGUCGAGCAGCCGGCUGGUGCGCAGGUACUCAACGCACGUCGUGAAUCGAUUAGUGCGUUGAAGAAGCGCAAUGCUUUAGAAGCUGCACAGGCAAUUGCUGCUGCUCAGUCGUCACCUAUCGCCGCCGGUGUGAUACUCAAAGAUCCCACUAGCAAUGUGGAUAUCAUCAAGAAAAGUCAACGAGCGCGUUGUCGCUACUGUCACGAACUUUACAAUGACGAAUGGAAUCGGAAGGGUGCCUGUGAAUUUGCACCCGAUCGGUUUCGUUCGGCACUCGAGUGCAUUUCCGGAAUGGGCUGUGCGCGUUGCAUGAUAUAUCAUUGUAUGAGCGAUGCUGAGGGUGAAACGCCACAACAUCCAUGUGAGUGCGUCGACGAAGGGGGAUGCAUUAAGCGUUGGCUCGGGCUGACACUGUUAUCAUUGCUCGUACCCUGCCUUUGGUGUUAUCCGCCGCUGCGUGCCUGCCAUUGGCUGGGAGUAUCAUGUGGCGUGUGCGGCGGCCGACAUAAACAACAAGUCUGACAUUUGGAGGGUCGAUUCCAAAAACAAUUCGAUAAUGGCUACGUUUACGGUUACGAGGUGGAAGCUGAUAUGAUGAAUUCAGACAGCUACGAUUAUGAUGGCAAUGGCAUCGGGGAUUUCGACGAUCUCUACGAUUGCUAUAAUUCCAGCUACAACUACAGCAACUACAACCAAUACAAUUACAAUAAUUACAGCUACAAUUACAAUACUUACAAUCAACAAAAACAGCAGCAGCAGCAGCAGCAGCAGCAUCAGACUACAAACGCUGGUGGCACAUUAACAGGACAAUUCGAGCAAUGGCAUCUUAGCGACGAUGCCAUAAUAGCGAAGGAACAGGAAAAAAUCAACAAGCAAAGAUUGAAGCAGCAAAAGAAGGAGAAAAAAAAGAAACUUAAAGAACAAAAACAACUACAAACGCCAUUACAUUACGCGCUGCAGCAGGCACGACCCACAGCACAACAAAACGACUAUGGGCGUUUGCUGUUUUAAUUUAAUUAUGUUUUGUAUGGAUCGACAAUUUUAUUUUGGCACUUAGGGAAGUUAAAUAAUUAAGUUGAUUUUGUUAUCAUUAUUUUCAUAUUCAAUUUGCAAUUCAUUAAAUUUUAAUUAUUCUUAAACUACGUUUCGAAAGAGGCACAAAUUACUUUUUUUAAGCUCAAAUGUUUGUGAUUUUUUUACAAUGACUUUAUCUGUUAACGCCUAUGAAUGGUGUAUUUGCUUUAUUAUGAAAAGUUAAUGCCAUGUUGUGAGAUACUAACCAACCAACUAACGGCUUUAUGCGCCGUUUCAGCUGUAGUUCGGAUAUCAAAUCCGUCUCAUGGGAAAAGUCUCCACUGUCUGUGCGCAUAAAUGAAUUUUUUAAUCUUAAAUUUUCAAAUGCGUUGUAUCAUUAUUUUAGGUACCUUAUACACAUAUGUUUAAAAAUAAAUUAUAAUACACAAAUUGUGUUUAAUGUACAUUUUUUAAAAUAGUUUAAGCAUUUUUGUCUGAGUUGAGAAUUAAGUUUAAGUUGUAAAUAAAUAUGUUGCGGUAAAACUUGCGUCUUAAGCUGUGGUGGCAGCGUCUAAACAAUAUAUAUAUAUAUAUAUAUAUGUAUAUGCAUAUUAAUUCUAUUGUUUUGUUAAUUGUAAUAAGUAUGUUUGUAUGAUUUCGCGGGCUAUGGACGCUGUAUAGCGUUGUAUAUAUUAUUUUUAAUUAAGAAAGAUGUGCCACUUAUGAUUUUUUGUAAUAUACAUAUAAGUAUUUAAUAAAUAUAAUAUUUUUUGUGAGCAGCGCGCACAGUAUUAAUAAAAAUUUAUAAUCUUACAGUACAAGCAAAAAUGGCAAAAUAAAAUCGUUUGAAAAAAGAUAACCAAAAAGUCGCCCAACAAAAAACAAACAAAAAACACGUUUUGUAAAAUGAGAAUUGGAAACAGUUUGUUCAAAAAUUGCAUGAAUUGACAAUGGAACUAAGUGGCUACUUGGUUUGAAAAGCAUUUAAAUGCAUAAUAUCCUUAAAAAAAAACUAACUUGAAAAAAUCAAAUGUACAAAAAAUUAGCAUCUUUUAAGAUUUCUUUUACAGGUACUCUAAUUUUCAUAUUUUUACAAGUACAAGUUGUGUCUAUGUAAAUGUUUAUUAUGCAUAUUUUUACAUGUUAACCUUUAUAUAAAACAAUAGUAUGAUUUUCUAUGUUAGGUGUUUUCCCUUCUCUGGCAACAAUACUUAAUAUUUUUACUCGAAGUUUUAAAAAUUUGUUUCACACAUUAAUUAAAAGUGUACUAUUUUAGAUAUGUGUACAGUACUAGCUUGGCUGCUUCGACAUUCAUAACUAAAACAUUAAGAAUUGACUAACAUUGUACGCAUUACGCGUCUAAAAGAACAUUUUUUCAAUUUCACUAUAUCAAAGAAGCAGCAAAUUUAUAUUGUAAACAUAUCUGAAAUAAUUUGAGAUUAACUGUAUGGCAACAGUGACUAACAAAAAACAAAAAAAAACAUAAGAUAUGCUACAGCGAAUCGUGAAAAAAUUGAAAAAAAAAAUAUAACAAAAAAGUGAAGUCAGCGCAUAGCUACUAUUAUUACAAAAUAAAAAUAUGAGAAAUUCUGCGUACAAAAAUUAUUAAUGUAAAAUAAAAAAAAAAAUAAAAAUAAAAAAAAAAAAAUAAAAAAAUUAAAUAAAAUUCAUAAAAAGAAAUUAAAGGAAAUUUAAAGUAAACCUUGAAAAGCAGUGGUGUUGAAACAUGUUAAACGCACUUUGAAAAAGCAGUCAAAUUUAAAUUUGUUACAAAUUUCAAGUGGAAAUUCUGCAAAACUUUUAAAGUGUAAAAAUAAAACUUAAUUAGGUAAGAAGCGUACUUUUGCAAUAUUCGUCGGCACCUUAAAUGAAAGACAGCGCCAGUUUUGCCUUUUUUCACAUUAAAAAUGCCGAACAAAAAACAAAAAUGUCCAAAUUAAAUAACAAAAAAAUACGUGUUUCAUAUUUUAUGUAAAAGAAUAAUUUCGACUCUUCCUCGGGCUCAUGAAGACUCAAAAUUAUAUCUUUUGUUAAUUUCAAAAACACACGUUUGUUGAAUAUUAAUGCAAUACAAAUCCGUUAAUCUUGAAAAAAAUUUGUUUUUAGCAAAAUUACAAAUGAAAAUAAAAUUUCUUUUAAAAUUACAGGCAUUUAAAAUAUAAAUUUCUGAAUUGUUAGCAAGUUUAAUUUAUUGAUAAUACGUUUUUUGUUCGGUAUAUGGCCGCAACUGAAUAAUGUGGCUAUUGGGCAAAAUUUGCGCCUCAUUUGCUAGCGAAUUAAUUGCAUAAGCGCGUGGAAAACCAGAGAAAAUAGUGAAAGCUAGCGGUCAAAUGUGAGGUUUACAAAAAGUGAACACGUUUGUUAUAAACCUUUUGACUGCCAUGCUUUGCUUAAAUGUUUACAUAUAAAAAUUAAAUAUUAGUAAAAACAUGAAAAUUAUAUAAAAAGUCGUACUACUAAUAAAUAAUAAGUGAAUGUUGACAAAACAUGUAUGUAAGUGGAAAAAUAUGCAGCUACUAUAUUAAAAUAAUACUACUAUUGUAUACCUACUUAUUGCAAAAGUACUAAAAAUCUCAAAAAAAACAUGAAAGGUCAUACUACUACUAACUGUAUGGAUUAAAAGCAUACACUUAAGAAACCAGUCAAAGUAACUUAAAAACAAAAUUAUAUCCAAAAACUAAA